AUGUGUGACGCCCCAACAAGUCAACUAGAGGGACCGAGGCGAGCGAUUCCAAUCGGUCAGAAUGGCAACACGCCAGAUCAACUACCUCUUGGUGAUCAGAGCCGACAUGGCAUGUUCAGCGCCGCCCAGAACUUGGAUCCCGCCUUGGCUAGAAGGUUGGCAGAUAUGGAGGCCAUCAUUCAACGAAUCCCGGGAGUUCCGGCUCCGAUAAAGAAAAGCGCAGAGAGUUGUUACGCCGACUCCCCAUUCGUGGAUGAGAUAGCUUUGGUGGAGAUGCCCAGGAAAUUCAGCUUUCCACACAUGAAGAUGUUUGACGGCGCAUCCGACCCGGAUGACCAUAUAGCUCAGUACCGUCAAAGAAUGUUCACCGUUGCUAUUCCUCGUGACAUGAGGGAGGCGUGCAUGUGUAAGGGGUUCGGUUCUAGCUUAAUAGGACCGGCCCUCCAGUGGUAUACGAACCUUCCUAAUAAUUCAAUUAGAUCUUUUGCUCAACUAACAGAUGUUUUUGUUCAACAGUAUGCAAGCAGCAGGAAAUUGGAAAAAAUCUCAGAAGACUUGUAUGCAGUUGUCCAAAGGCAUGGCGAACCUCUUCGGGACUACAUCGAACGCUUCAACAAGGAGAAAGUGUCAAUCACCAACUGCAGGGAACAGACCGCUGUCACGGCCUUCCGUAAAGGCCUUCUGCCAGGAUCAGACUUAUACAAGACUCUCACCAAGUAUCCAUGCAAAACUAUGGAAGACGUGUUGAUCCAGGCUUGGGCUCAAAUCAAAUGGGAAGAGGACCAGUACAAUAUGCAAAGAGUCUUCCCGCCAGAGAGACCCGAAAGAGACUACAGGGUCGACAGGAGAUCCGGUCGAGACAAUCGUGACAGACGAAGUGAACCCUACACUCCAUCUCAGAGAGGGAACAAGGGGAGGCGAGAUUACGAUCAAGCACCAACUACGCGCCCGCGCGAAAGAGCGAAACUCCCAGAGUACCUCCUGUCCAUUUCACCCGUAGAAGCUGUAACAGCUUUGAUGAACCUUGGGGAUAAGGUCAGCUGGCCGGAGAAAAUGAGGGCUCCACCCGACCAAAGAGACAGAUCAAAAUGGUGUGAUUUUCAUAGUGACCACGGUCACCGCACGGACAAAUGCAUCGCACUCAGAUUGGAAGUGGCGAACUUAUUGAAAAAAGGGCACCUUACCAAUUACUUGACUGACAAAGGCAAGCAGACCCUGCAGCAAGCGAGGGAUAGACAAGAGAAACAUAGAGAUGACAGCCCACCGGACCCGCCACAUCACGAGAGAACCGUAAACGUGAUAUCCGGAGGUUCCGAAGUUAGCGGAAUCACCCACUCAGCCGCCAAGAGACACACCAGACAGGCUAGAUCAAGCAAAUCAAGAGUUCCGCCUUUCGGCAAAGCUGGACCAACGGAUCCAACUUUAACAAUCAACUUUGCAACAUCCGAAUCAGACAAGCUUCUACACCCUCAUCAUGAUGCAUUAGUUAUUUCCAUUUAUAUUGCUAACUGUUUAACAAAGCGUGUGCUAAUAGACAAUGGUAGCUCUGCCAAUAUUCUGUUUUACAGUGCAUACAGGGAGAUGGGUUUGGACGGGUCCAAACUAAUCAAGAAAGCUGCCGUACUCGUCGGCUUCAGUGGCGAGAGUACAACUACUAUAGGGGAGAUCGACCUUCCCGUUUACGCAGAAGGAGUCAACCUUUCCAAUAGGUUUCUCGUGGUAGACGCCCCGUCAGCAUACAACGUCAUCCUAGGCCGUCCAUGGAUCCACGGAAUGGAAGCAGUACCAUCCACCUAUCAUCAAGUCGUACGAUUCCCAACCAAGUGGGGAGUCAAGGAGAUCAAGGGAGAGCAGAAGGACUCCAGGGCGUGCUACCAAACUACUAUGAAAGCGAAAAGCUCGUCCUUAUAG